AUGCAUGAAGCAGGGUGUCAUAUCUGCCUAGAUGCUUCUGUGCUUACCUUUAACAGAAAGUUGUCAAUUUCUUUUCUCGGGAUGAUCGAAAAAGAGGUAAGCAAAUUAGAAGACAAAAAGCCUAUAUGACAAAAGACUCCUAUUUGAGAUCUAAUCGUAAUCAAUAAAUAUUUUGCAUUAUCAAAUUUAAUAAAGGGAGAUGAAGCUAGUAAAAAUAUUUGAAAAUGAAACGCAUAA